UAUAUAUAAGCAGAUUGCAGGGGAAGAAAUCCAGUCUAGAUUUUUUUUUAAUCAUCAGAGAAAGAAGAGCAAGCUUCUUCUCCUUCUUCUUACAACCAGAAUCCAAUUCCUUUCUGCAACAAAGUUUCAUUCGAAAGAGAGCUGUUGGAGGAGAGAUAGUGGACGACGAUCGUCACAACACGGAAGUUUUGCUCAAGAAACCUCGGAUUGAUUCCUUGAUCUCUUCAUCCGCAACGGAGAACAACAAGAAGAGCAGCGGCAGCAGUAGCAGCAGCGACGGAAACAACUGCAGUAUCAGUAGCAGCAGCAACAACAACCACAGCGGCAGCAACAUCGUUGGGCUGCCGAACAUGGCAUUGGGUGAUGGGAAUCCACCGGAUAUCGAUGAGGAUCUGCACAGCCGGCAGCUCGCUGUGUAUGGCCGGGACACGAUGAGACGGCUCUUCGGCUCCAACAUCCUCAUCUCAGGGAUGCAGGGCCUCGGUUGUGAAAUUGCAAAGAAUCUUAUUCUUGCUGGUGUCAAAUCUGUGACGUUGCAUGAUGAAGGAACGGUGGAGUUGUGGGACUUGUCCAGCAACUUCAUUUUCUCCAAAGAUGACGUUGGCAAGAACCGUGCACUUGCUUCUAUUCAGAAGCUGCAAGAAUUGAACAAUGCAGUGCUCAUUUCUACCUUAAGCACUGAAUUGACCAAAGAAAAGCUUUCUGAUUUCCAGGCUGUAGUUUUUACUGAUAUCAGCUUGGAUAAAGCAAUCGAAUAUGAUGAGUAUUGCCAUAAUCAUCAGCCUCCAAUUUCUUUCAUCAAAACUGAAGUCAGGGGUCUUUUUGGUAGUGUUUUCUGUGACUUUGGACCUGAGUUCACUGUUGUUGACGUCGAUGGUGAGGAACCACAUACGGGUAUAAUUGCAUCCAUCAGCAAUGACAACCCGGCUCUUGUGUCUUGUGUUGAUGAUGAAAGGCUUGAAUUUCAGGAUGGGGAUCUCGUUGUUUUCUCUGAAGUCAAGGGCAUGACUGAAUUGAAUGAUGGGAAGCCAAGAAAGGUUAAGAAUGCAAGGCCUUACUCAUUCGCUCUUGAGGACGACACAUCAUAUUAUGCUGCAUAUGAGAAAGGUGGUAUUGUCACACAGGUGAAGCAACCAAAGGUGUUGAACUUUAAGACAUUGAGAGAAGCACUCAAGGAUCCAGGUGAUUUCCUUCUGAGUGAUUUCUCCAAGUUUGAUCGUCCUCCUCUGCUACACUUAGCAUUUCAAGCACUAGAUAAGUUUAUAUGCGAGGUUGGACGUUUUCCUGUUGCCGGGAUAGAGGAGGAUGCUCAGAAGCUGAUAUCUUUGGCCGUUAACAUCAAUCAGGGUUUAGGAGAUGGGAAGCUGGACGAGAUUGACCAGAAACUUAUGCGGCAAUUUGCAUUUGGUGCAAGAGCAGUUCUAAAUCCCAUGGCUGCCAUGUUUGGUGGUAUUGUUGGUCAAGAAGUUGUCAAAGCAUGUUCUGGAAAGUUCCAUCCACUUUUUCAGUUCUUCUACUUUGACUCGGUCGAAUCCCUUCCUACUGAACCGCUAGACCCCAUUGAUGUGAAACCAUUAAACAGCCGUUAUGAUGCACAGAUUUCAGUGUUUGGAUGCAAGCUCCAGAAGAAACUAGAGGAAGCCAAAGUAUUCAUUGUUGGUUCUGGUGCACUAGGGUGCGAGUUCUUGAAGAAUCUAGCUCUGAUGGGAGUUUGUUGCAGUGAGAAGGGGAAGCUAACCAUUACAGAUGAUGAUGUAAUAGAGAAGAGUAACCUCACCAGGCAGUUCCUCUUUCGGGAUUGGAACAUUGGACAGGCCAAAUCUACUGUUGCUGCAUCUGCUGCUGCUUCAUUAAACCCCCGCUUUCAUGUUGAGGCUCUGCAGAACCGUGCAAGCCCUGAGACAGAAAAUGUGUUCAAUGAUGCGUUCUGGGAGAAUCUAGGUGUUGUCAUCAAUGCCCUGGAUAAUGUUAAUGCUAGGCUGUACAUUGAUCAGAGGUGCUUGUAUUUCCAGAAGUCGCUCCUGGAGUCUGGAACACUAGGUGCCAAAUGUAACACACAGAUGGUAAUUCCUCAUCUCACUGAAAAUUAUGGUGCCUCAAGGGACCCACCUGAGAAGCAAGCGCCCAUGUGUACAGUGCAUUCAUUUCCCCACAACAUUGAUCACUGCCUGACAUGGGCACGUUCCGAGUUUGAGGGCUUGCUUGAGAAGACACCAGCAGAAGUAAAUGCAUAUUUAUCCAAUCCAAGUGAAUACACAGUGUCUAUGAAGAAUGCUGGUGAUGCUCAGGCCAGGGACAAUCUGGAACGUGUUAUUGAGUGCCUUGAUAGGGAGAGAUGUGAAACAUUCCAAGAUUGCAUUACUUGGGCUCGUUUAAAGUUUGAGGACUACUUUGCUAACCGUGUGAAGCAAUUAACUUUUACUUUCCCUGAGGAUGCAGCAACCAGUAAUGGUGCCCCGUUCUGGUCAGCUCCCAAGCGUUUCCCUCGCCCAUUGCAGUUCUCUGCUGAUGGUCCUGGUUACCUCCACUUCGUUAUGGCAGGAUCCAUAUUGCGUGCGGAGACAUUUGGCAUACCAAUUCCUGAUUGGACUAAAAAUCCUAGGAAGUUGGCUGAUGCUGUUAAUAAGGUGAUGGUUCCAGAUUUCCAGCCCAAGGAAGGAGUCAAAAUCGUCACAGAUGAGAAAGCCACAAGCCUGUCUACUGCAUCCAUAGAUGAUGCAGCUGUCAUCAAUGAUCUGAUCAUGAGGCUGGAACAAUGCCGGAACAAACUUCCUUCAGGGUUCAGGAUGAACCCCAUACAAUUUGAGAAGGAUGAUGACACCAAUUACCACAUGGACUUGAUAGCUGCACUUGCGAACAUGAGGGCAAGGAACUACAGUAUUCCAGAAGUUGACAAGCUCAAGGCCAAAUUCAUUGCAGGAAGGAUCAUCCCAGCCAUUGCAACUGCCACAGCAAUGGCAACCGGACUUGUCUGCCUGGAACUGUACAAGGUUUUGGAUGGGGGACACAAGCUGGAAGACUACCGCAACACCUUUGCUAAUCUGGCACUCCCACUUUUUUCUAUGGCAGAACCUGUCCCACCCAAGGUAAUCAAGCACCGGGAUAUGAGCUGGACUGUAUGGGACCGCUGGAUCUUAAGGGACAAUCCCACCCUCCGGGAUCUGCUGCAAUGGUUGAAGGACAAGGGGUUGAAUGCUUACAGCAUCUCAUGUGGAAGUAGCUUGUUAUACAACAGUAUGUUCCCCAGACAUAGGGACCGAAUGGACAGGAAGUUGGUGGAUCUUGCUAGGGAAGUGGCUCGUGUUGAAGUGCCUCCAUACAGAAGUCAUUUGGAUGUUGUUGUGGCAUGUGAGGACGACGAAGACAAUGACAUUGACAUCCCUCAGGUCUCAAUUUACUUCCGGUAGGCUAUCCUGUUAGAUAGGUGAGUGAGUUGGUUGACAUGGUCGGGUGUUUAUUCACAGUGUUGCCUUUCCAACCUGAUUCAGUUGAUACACAAGCAUUGGAGAUUAUAACUCUACAGAAAAUUCAUACAUAAUUGAAACCAACUUUGUAUGCGUGAUAUGGUGACAA